AACUGAGGAUGGCACACUCUUAGUUCAAGUCGGAAGACAGGCAACAAUGAGGAUCUUGGGACUCUACCUUUUGGCAACGGCGGUAUUCGCGUCCGCAGCGAGUCCACAAAAGCAGCACAAGGCGAAACGGGGGGUGCUGUUGGGUUCGGGAGGACUGGGAGGAUCAUCGUUCGGACUGGACCUCAACAGUCUCGAAUCAGCUGGAAUUUCUGGAGGAUACACGAGUGCGCUGUCCAUCGGAGCAUCUGGAGGACUCUCGAACGGAAUUUCCGGGCUUACUGGAGGAUACGGUUCAAAUAUCGGUGCAGGAAUAAAUGGAGGGCUCUCGACGGGUCUUGCUGGAGGAAUUUCUGGAGCGUUGAGCACUGCUAACGUUCAAUCCGUGGCGCAGCAGGUCCCGAUGCUCGUGCAUCAACAGUAUCCGCCGUCCAAACCCGUGUCUGGCCCUUACUAUGUCAGACAAUCGCCUGAGUUUCAAUUUCGAGUGUCCCAGCCUGUCUCGCAAUCAGUGAGACCACCAAUUUCUCCACCUAUCAUCCAGCAGACAGCGUCUCAACCCAUGUUGCUGUCUGGUGGCAACAACCUGGGCACCUUUGCACCUAGCAGUCUGGGGUCAGUCCACUCCAGUGGACUCAGCGCAGGUCUGGGAUCGGGAUUCGUUCCUGGGACGGGUCUACAUUCUGGCAUCGGUCAAGGACUGACGUCUGGAGGCGCAGUUAGUUCCACAAAUGGUCCUGCCUUCAGUGGACUACCCUCCGUUGGGUCCGGUAUGGUACAUGGCUCACUCCUAAAUUACAGAUCUGUAGAUCUGAACUCUGGAUAUAAUUCGGGACUCAACUCUGGACUGGGGUCCGUUGGCGAAGGUGGAUUCAGCACUGGGUACGGCUCCGGAAUGGGAUGGAUGCUUGGAAGUGGUCUGGAGUCCUAUGGAACGGGUCUGACUGGCAACCUGGCGUCUGGAUAUGGGGCUGGUUAUGGGUACACGUCUGGUCUCGGCCAGGGGAAUAUCAUUGGAAAGUACUGA